CCGCGCGCGCGCCGGCAGGUCGGCAGCCUCGCUCUGGCUCGCGCCGCGCCUCCGCGGCGAGUCCGCGCGUCAGUUGAGCCCGAGCGCGGUAGCGGAGCGGAGGGCUGUGCCCGGCAGAGCGCGCUGACCCGGGGAGGUAGCCGUGUCCGCGGGCGUCGCCUGAGGAGACUCGGAGCCCGAGACUCGCGCAGCACGAUGGCCCCCAUUGGCCUCAAAGCCGUGGUCGGAGAGAAGAUCAUGCAUGAUGUGAUAAAGAAGGUAAAGAAGAAGGGGGAAUGGAAGGUGCUGGUGGUCGAUCAGCUGAGCAUGAGGAUGCUGUCUUCCUGCUGUAAGAUGACAGACAUCAUGACCGAGGGGAUAACAAUCGUGGAAGACAUCAACAAGCGCAGAGAGCCGCUCCCCAGCCUGGAGGCUGUGUAUCUCAUCACUCCGUCUGAGAAGUCUGUCCACUCUCUCAUCAGUGACUUCAAGGACCCACCAACCGCUAAGUACCGGGCUGCGCACGUCUUCUUCACAGACUCUUGUCCAGAUGCCCUGUUUAAUGAGCUGGUGAAAUCUCGGGCCGCCAAAGUCAUCAAAACUCUGACGGAAAUCAACAUUGCAUUUCUCCCCUACGAGUCCCAGGUGUACUCCUUGGACUCUGCAGACUCUUUCCAGAGCUUCUACAGUCCCCACAAGGCUCAGAUGAAGAAUCCUAUACUGGAGCGCCUGGCAGAGCAGAUUGCAACUCUGUGUGCCACCCUGAAGGAGUACCCAGCUGUACGGUACCGGGGGGAAUACAAGGACAAUGCUUUGCUGGCUCAGCUAAUCCAGGACAAGCUCGAUGCCUACAAAGCCGAUGACCCAACAAUGGGCGAGGGCCCAGACAAGGCGCGCUCCCAGCUCCUGAUCCUGGACCGCGGCUUCGACCCCAGCUCCCCCGUGCUUCAUGAACUGACUUUUCAGGCUAUGAGCUAUGACCUGCUGCCCAUUGAAAAUGAUGUAUACAAGUACGAGACAAGUGGCAUUGGAGAGGCACGGGUGAAGGAGGUGCUCCUGGACGAGGAUGACGACCUCUGGAUAGCACUGCGCCACAAGCACAUCGCGGAAGUGUCCCAGGAAGUCACCCGUUCUCUGAAAGAUUUUUCUUCCAGCAAGAGAAUGAAUACUGGAGAGAAGACUACCAUGCGGGACCUGUCCCAGAUGCUGAAGAAGAUGCCCCAGUACCAGAAAGAGCUCAGCAAGUAUUCGACUCACCUGCACCUGGCCGAAGACUGCAUGAAGCAUUACCAAGGCACCGUGGAUAAACUCUGCCGAGUGGAACAGGACCUGGCCAUGGGCACGGAUGCUGAAGGGGAGAAGAUCAAGGACCCCAUGAGAGCCAUCGUCCCCAUUCUGCUGGAUGCAAAUGUCAGCACUUACGACAAAAUCCGCAUCAUCCUUCUCUACAUCUUUUUGAAGAAUGGCAUCACUGAGGAGAACCUGAAUAAACUGAUCCAGCACGCCCAGAUCCCCCCAGAGGACAGCGAGAUCAUCACCAACAUGGCGCACCUGGGGGUGCCCAUUGUCACUGAUUCCACACUGCGCCGCAGGAGCAAGCCAGAGCGGAAGGAGCGCAUCAGCGAGCAGACCUACCAGCUCUCGCGGUGGACCCCAAUCAUUAAAGACAUCAUGGAGGACACAAUUGAAGACAAACUUGAUACCAAGCACUACCCUUACAUCUCUACUCGCUCCUCUGCUUCCUUUAGUACCACCGCAGUCAGCGCCCGCUAUGGGCACUGGCAUAAGAAUAAGGCCCCAGGGGAGUACCGCAGUGGUCCCCGCCUCAUUAUUUUCAUCCUUGGGGGCGUGAGCCUGAACGAGAUGCGUUGUGCUUACGAGGUGACCCAAGCCAAUGGAAAGUGGGAAGUGCUAAUAGGUUCUACUCACAUUCUCACUCCCACCAAAUUUCUCAUGGACCUGAGACACCCCGACUUCAGGGAGUCCUCUAGGGUAUCUUUUGAGGAUCAGGCUCCAACAAUGGAGUGAGAGUCAAAGAAACAAAGAUCCACGCACAUUCUCACCCCACAGAAACUGCUGGACACGCUGAAGAAACUGAAUAAAACAGAUGAAGAAAUAAGCAGUUAAAAACAUAAGCCACCCCUCCAAAAAACGAACCCUCUUCCCACAGUGCUGCAGCCCCUACCGCUGCCCGCCUCGGUUACUUUGCUGACCCCGUCCCUCCACCGCCGCCCCCAGCUCUGCACGCCCUGGCCGGCACUGUCGCCGCUGCGUUCUCGUGUUUAAUGAUGCCCUCUUCUUGUGUGAAACAAAAGAAAAUAAUGCAUUGUGUUUUUUAAAAAGAGUAUCUUCUAUAUGUGUCCUAAGAGGAGAAGUUCCCGCAUAAGGGACACACUGCUGGAGAAGUUGUAGAACUGUCUAGAAUGAAUGGACACCUUCUCCCCAUUAUUAGGAUUCCAUGACCUUGUAUAUAACCCAGUGCAACAUGCACAAAUUGCUUGAGUAUGGGAAGGUAGACAUUUGGGUGUUUUACAAAAUCUGUUUUGGGUUGUUCCUCUUCUUUCUGGGAAUCACAGAGAUGUCUGUUGCUGGAAUAUUUCAAACUGAGGAUUAAUCUGUUGGCUUCACUCCAGUUCUUACCCCUCGGCCUGCUGUCAUCCAGAUAAGCUUGGCAGUGAAGAUCAGGUGACAUCUUGUGAGGUUUGGGCUGGAAGCGACCUCUUAGCCUUCCCCAGUGGCUUAUCCUCCAUGUGCUGGGGCUGUGGGAGGGGCUGGAGGUGUUCCUGUGAAGUCAGGCCAGGUGCUGGCCUGCGUGCGUGCAGCCUGUCACCUCCCGCCGCCUUCCCCCGGCCUGGCCCGUGUCCACAGGGCUGUGAUCCCGAGGGAAGUAAUCUUGCAGCCUAAGUCAUGGUGCCCCGCAAGUGCGGAGCAAGCUCCCACCAGGACCUUGGUCUCUUGCAGAAGCAGUUCGGCUGGCCUUUUUGGCCAUACCCUUUGCUUCCCCGGGCACCACCCCCAAUAGGGCUCUUCUUUCUCAGCGGGGUCAGCCGGGCGGAGCUCCCGGGUGAGGAACGAACUAGAACGGAAUGGGUUCCGCAGGCUCCUGGGCAGAGGGCCCUUUCCUGUAGAGAAGGGUCUGCACCCCUCAGACUUCAGACCAUGGGAGAAAAACAGCCCAUUGGAUUUAUGCAGACCCUGUUCCCGCUCAGAUUAUCCUCAGUUUAAGAUACUUUAUAGUACUUUAUUUUGUGUCGUGUGGGGUCAUAUGUCGUCGUGCUUGUAAGAGAAAAUGAUCAUUUUAUUCUCUGUAUAAAACUUAGCUCUAAAGCAAAAAUGAAAGAAGCAAAUGCAGAAAGGAUGUCUCGUCAUCCUCAAGACUCAGCAGCCCUCCGUUCUCCGAUGGCGAGCGCGCCAUGUGUUCUGCUGCUGUUGUCGCAAAAUAUAAUGACAGUGGAAGUCACAAAAAUGUCCCCUGCCCCGCCCCCCGCCGCCCUUGAACCCCUGCGGACCGUGUGCAUAUUACUGUCUCGUGCUGUCCUUGCAGACGUGGUGUGAGAUAGCUCCACGCAGCCGCGCGCUUUCCUUUCGAGUGCGUUCCUCGCCCUCCCCGGUAGACGCUUCGUGGUGGUCUCUUCCCAAGGCUUCGGAGUCUCCCCGGCGCACUCGGAUUGGUUUUCAGGCCUCUUCGCUCUGUCCCGCUCUCCCGUUUCCUUAGGACAGAACUGUAGGUGCUUGCCCUGGUUUGUUUCUCGCUGCCACUGCUUCUUUCGUCCCCUCCCCUGGACCAGACGGGGCUCACGCUUCAGGGCCUUGUGCGUCGAACGUGUUGGGUUUCCUUUCUCUGUUAUUUAUAUAAAAAUAAUUUAUCAAAAGGAUAUUUUAAAAAAGCUAGUCUGUCUUGAAACUUGUUUACCUUGAAAUUCUCGGAAUCUCAGUGUUGGAAAGUACUGAAGCACAAACAUGUAUCAUCUCUGUACCGUUCUGUACUAAAGCACUCGAGUCUAAUAAAUCAAUCAGUCAGCACCCA